AUGAAUAGCAAGAUCAUCAACACGCCUUCGCCGAACGGGAGCAGCUCCAAUGACGCAGAUGGCCAUUCCACCUCGUUCAUCUCGACCGCCUCGUCCUCCCAGCUCAGUGACGACCAUGACACGGCUCACGAUAAGAUGAUACUCGAAGACGCCUACCGCGCCAACAGCAAACCCGACAAGCAGGCGCGCCUUGACCUAGUAUCGCGCGUCUCGCUUUCGGAAAAGGAAGUCCAGGUCUGGUUCCAGAAUCGUCGUCAAAACGAUCGCCGCAAGUCGAGACCCCUCACCAGCGAGGAACUGGCCAACCUCCACCACAGCGGCAUCCGUCUCGUCGCCAACAGCAAGGACACCUUCCACCACGGCGAGAGCGUUCUCAAAGUCACCCACGGUCCCGUUUCUAUCGGCCUUGGAAGCCCCGAGGAGACUUCCCUCCACCAUCCUCAUCCUCAUCCUUCUUCCUCUGGCCUUGCUAUGUCUGCCUCGUUCGAUCAUCACAACAGCCACAGUCACCACUCGCGCAGUCUGUCCGAGAUGGACAGCAACCACCACCGCGACCACCAAGCGCCUCAACAUCAAGACUCUUCUCCCAACAACAGCCUUUCCAGCUCCUUCCCCGGAACCCUGGGAUACCUUGCCAACCGUCGUCGCGAGAGCGGUGCUACCCCCGUCACUGUUAAUGCUCUCUCCACGCCUGCUCCCUCAUCUCACUAUGUCGACUCUUCCUUUACCUUCCGCGUCGACCGUUCAUCCCCCACUGCCCCCUCUCACUGCUCAACCCCCCAGUCUCAGAUCCGCCUAUCUUGCUCCCUCGACGGCAAAGCCGAGCUCGUCCCCACGCCCCAACAACGACAGCUGCAACGCGACAGCAACACGCCCUCCACCACUGGCGCUGGCCGCUCUUCACCUGCCUCCCAGCGCUCCCCCAACGGUGCCGACCAGGGUUGCACACCCUCGUCGCGUCCUCGUCCCCGCGAAUUCCGCCGCAGCUACAGCGCUACUACCACCCCCAAUAGCGGCGGUGUCAGACUCCCCUCCAUCUCCACGCUGCUCAAUCCCGCCACCGCCUCCGGCACCGCUGCUUCCAGCCCCUCCAUGCCUCGUGGCCCCUCCGGCCGCUCACGCAACGUCGACGCCUGGGAAUCGUGCGCGGCAUCCCAGACGCGCGACGAACUCACCGCCAUGGCGGAGAAGGAGUCCAACGGCGAUGCGCUGGCUCGUAUAAGCCUCAUCCGUUCCAGCAGCAACACCAGCAGUAACGGCCACGGAAAUAUCCUCCAGCCCAGCGGUGUCUCCAAGCGCAAUGGCGAUGCCUCCCGCCGUCCCUUCCAGCAUGGCACCAAGCGCGCGAAGCUCAGCCGUGCAACGUCCAGCCUUGCUCGUCUGGAGAGCACCGAGAAAAAGGAUGAUCAGGACAUCUGGCUGUCCCCCACGGCCGAUUCGGACAAGGAGAACUGGAGUCCCUCUGAGACACGUCAACAGCAGCAGCAGCAACAUCGGCAGCAGGAGCCUCCGUCAUCGGCGCCACGCAAAACAGCUACGACGACGAGGCCGGAAAUGACUCCCCUGCAGGAUGCCUCGUCCCGGAGGGCGAAUAGCAACCUGACCAAGUCGAGUCGGGUACGCCUGAACGCCAAGGACGGUGGCAAGGCGAUUGCCAUUUUUGACGAUGCCGUCGACGGUGGAAAGAAGCUCCGCUCCACCGAAGAGGUCGAUGGGUUCAUGGGUGUCGACGUCAGUCCUAGUAAAAAGGGGGAUAUGGACGUCGCUAGUAGUCUGUUGUCUCUUAGGAGGGGAAAUUGGGAGGCACCCAUUUCUUUCUGA